UGCCUGGCACUGAGGCUGGAAAUAAAGCUAUAAAGUGACUCGCUUUUGUUUCCUGUUUCACUUUCUGCUCCCUAACCACGGGAGACGGACACUCUAGAAAGAACCAUACAAACCGUCAGCCAGGUGCUUCAACGCGGCGUUGCCGCAACGCUUACCCUCUGAGAAUGCACUCGCCGCGUCGCGUGGGGACCAUGCCUGGUUUUGUCCUUUUGGGAUUGCUAGCGGCUGGACGAGGGCUGAGCAGAUGAAUGCGUGACAGUUGUCAGGAGGCGUUCAAGACUCUGUGAGAGCACAGACGGGGCCCAGAAGGUUCCCUUGAGGAAAUCUUAUCAUGUGGGCAACCUGCUGCAACUGGUUCUGCCUGGAUGGACAGCCUGAGGAGGCCCCACCGCCCCAGGGAGCCAGGACACAGGCCUAUUCCAACCCUGGGUACAGCUCCUUCCCUUCUCCCACGGGCUCAGAACCAAGCUGCAGGGCGUGUGGGACUCACUUCGCAAGCAUGGCCAGGAAGCAGCAGACCUGCUUGGACUGUAAGAAGAACUUCUGCACCAGCUGUUCGAGCCAAGUGGGGGCCGGGCCCCGCCUCUGCCUUCUCUGCCAGCGCUUCCGCGCCACGGACUUCCGGCGGGAGGAGCUCAUGAAGAUGAAGGUGAAGGAUCUGAGGGACUAUCUCAGCCUCCACGACAUCUCUACCGACAUGUGCCGGGAGAAGGAGGAGCUGGUGUUCCUGGUGCUCAGCCAGCAGCCCGUCAUCUCCCAGGACGGCAGGACUCAGGCGCCCCCCUUGGGCCCCGACUUCCCCGAGCAGCAGGCCUUCCUCGCCCGGCCCCACACCAGCACCGUGCCGCCUACCUCACCCGGCCUCCAGUCUGCACCCCCCGGCCAGGCGCAGGGCCGGCAGCAGGCCAAUGGCCAUGUGUCUCAGGACCAAGAGGAGCCCGUCUACCUGGAGCGCACGGCCAGAGCCCCUGCUGAGGACGAGACCCAGUCUGUCGACUCAGAGGACAGCUUUGUCCCAGGCCGAAGGGCCUCUCUGUCUGACCUGACCGACCUGGAGGACAUCGAAGGUCUCACUGUGCGACAGCUCAAGGAGAUCCUGGCUCGCAACUUCGUCAACUACAAGGGCUGCUGUGAGAAGUGGGAACUGAUGGAGAGGGUGACGCGGCUGUACAAGGACCAGAAGGGCCUCCAGCACCUGGUGUGCAGCGCUGAAGACCAAAACGGACUGGUUUCGGGGAUUCAAGAUGACUAUCAGCCCUCAGAGCACACAGCAGAUACUAAGGGGAGCAGUGCCGUCCAGCCUGGAGGAGAACCUGUGUCGGAUCUGCAUGGACUCACCCAUCGACUGUGUUCUGCUGGAGUGCGGCCACAUGGUCACCUGUACCAAGUGCGGCAAGCGCAUGAACGAGUGCCCCAUCUGCCGGCAGUACGUGAUCCGGGCCGUGCACGUCUUCCGAUCCUGAGGGCCCGUGCCGGCUUCUGCAGUGCCUUAUGGGGACAGAGCUCCAGGUGUCUGAGCACACAGUUGGCGGCUUGCAGACGGGCAAGCUAACCAGAAAAUGCACAGUGUUCCCAAGACCAGGGCGAGCAAAGAUGCUGUCAUCUCUGGGCAUGCCUGUCUUGCUUCAGAGGUACACCAUGCGGCUGGCCAAGCCCCAGGCCAGUGAAAACUGGUACAGGUCGCACAGGCCAGUCCCUGUUUUGGUGAUCUUGGGGUGACGAUGGUAACUGAUGGAGAGGACUUUCCAUAAUUUCGACCAUAUCUUCCUCCCUUCCUCUGCAAACCUAAACAGUCUCACUCUUCCUCCUGUAGCCCGCCCACCCCCCUGAGCGGUGUUCCUCAGUUUCACCCACCAGGAGUCCUGGUGGGAAUGGCUGUCUUCCUCCCCAGCACACCUGGAUUCAUUUCUGGUCUCUGUGGCUCUCUGUGCUUUAACUGACCUUUGCUAAAGUCUCUUGAUACCUUACCUAAAAUUCAUUUGUUUCUUUAGACCAAAAAGAUGGUAGUUUACCAGACCAAUAAUGAUCCUCCUAGGGACAGAAAUUUGGACCAGUAAACUUAUUUCUAGUGAGAAAUGAAACGCAAAUGCGAUUGGAAAACCUUCAGUCAUUAAGAGUUGCUUCCUUAAGCGCUGGGAUGGGAAGCUAUCCCUUUCCUGAACUGACCUUGGGAGUCAGCAAAGCAUCUGGCUUUCAGACUGCUGGGAGAUUCCAGUUUGUGUGACAGUACAUGGGUCACCUCUGCUUCUCCUCCUGGGGUCUGACUUGGUGCCAUCCUCAGUUGAUGAGGAAAAGGGAAAGCGUUGGGUGGAAGCAGUGGCUCUCUGCUUGGCUUUGACGUCUCCAGCGGACAGCCUUAAACAAUUUUCCCCUGAGCAGAGGUCCCUCUUGCCCAUGGAGGUUUUAAACAUGGUCUCACUUGAAGACACAGAGACUUAGGCAAAGGGCCUUAUUCUACUCCAGUCAGACAAGCAUGUAAGACUGAGCACUCAGAGGCAUCAGCCCUCGAGCAGACAGCUGCACGUCUUUGUUCCCCAGGUUGGGAGGGACUCCUGACUCCCAUUUACUUUCUCAGCCUGCUGAUUUAGGGGCAGGUCAGGAAGCAUUCCCUUGGCUCUUUAGGAAGGGCCGUGCAAUGAGUGAGUGUUGUUCUUGAGCCCUCUCAGGGUCUCUUCACCACUGCAAGAGCUCAGGUUUGCUGGAGAAGCUUAGCCAAGCACAAACAUACAUUCUGUGCACUAUCAGAAGAGCUGUGUGCGCCACCAUUACCGUUGGAUGAGCUAUGCAAACCCUCAGACAGCUGAGGGCUUUGGCAGUCACCCCUACCCCCACCCCGUGCAGCCGAGAUCUCUCAGACCAGAACCAAUCAUGACUUUGGAAAGCAACAGGAAGGGCACCUGUUGGUUGGUACAGGAUAUGCUUAAUGGUUUCUCUCCAUCAACCACUAAACCACCUACCUUGACAUUAUACCAAGUCCUAGUUUGAUUCUGGGCUACAGCCUUUGUAGGAACUGGGGGAGGGAUGGAGAUUUCCCUGUAAAGACACCAUCUUUCUGCUGGACAGUUAAUACUAUAGUUUAUGGUGCCUACCAGUUUAACAAAGAAUUCAGCUACUUCUUAGUUUCACUGUGAAACAGGUCUGCACACAGCAGCUCAGCCACAACCUAGCAAUAACUUCAGGGCAGAAGCUGGCUGUUUCCCUGCUUAAAACUUGUUUUCUCUGCUGAGGCCUUAGACUCCCUAGCUCCCAGUUUCCCUCUUAGACAUAACAAUAUCCUGAUGGUUGGUUUGUAACCUCAGUCAGAAUCAGAACUGAUGUCAUUUACUUGUUUAGGAGAACUUGCCUUUAAGUCUUCUAAUCCCUUUUGGUGAAGGUUUCCAUUUAGGAGAAAAAGGUGUUAAAACAACCUAACCCUAAGCACCUCCCCCGCUCCCUCCCCUUUGUAUCUUUAUUACUACACCAAAUAAAGGCUGGGAAUUCUUAAGAUCCCAUUUCAGUUACUAUCUAACCUAGGUAGCAAACUUGAUUUUUAUCCUUGGAUGCUCUCUCCUGCCCCUCAUGGAUCCUUGGUCUUAAUUACCAUGGAAACAUCCAAUUCUUCCAUUAUCCCUUGGCUUUUGCUGAUUGUUCUGAGAUUUCAGUUGGGACUUGUUUUAAGACAGGAGAGCUGACUGGUUCAUAAUACAUUGGAAUAGCUGGAUCCAAACUAGAAAGAAUAAGCUGUACAGGAAUUAGUGCUCAAUGUAUAUUGUAUAAAUUUGUUGAAAUCUUUUGGACGUGAAUGUGUUAUUUCAAGUGGCUUAUAUUAAGAUUUUCUCAGACUUACUUGGGUGUUAGACCAAACCCAAUUAUGUAUUUUUUGUUACAGAGCUCUGCUUUAUAAUUUUGUAAUAAAGUUUCAACAUAGA